UUAAUAAAUUAAAGUAGUUAAAUUAAAGUAUAGUGAAUGCGAUAGAACAAAAUUAUUACUGUAAAUUAAAUAUAAUUCACUUCAAGAAAAUAAAUUUUUUUAAUUAAAUAAAAACAUAAAUAUAUUGUACAGUUAUAUUGUAUGUUAAAUUGUAAAUAAUAAUUUCAUUUAAUUCGUAUUCAUUUUCACAUUGGAAUUUAUAGUUAAACAAAACACUUUAAAUGUUUAAAUUUGUGAUUGCAAGACGCAUGCGCAGUUAAAAUUGGCGGAAUACUACUAAAUGUCCCAUCUGAUAAAAAGCAGUGUUGAAGUACACAGUUAUCAAAUGAAAAUUUCUAUAUAAUAAAUAUAUUAAUUUUAUAAAAAUUUGAGCGAUACUAGAAAUACAGAAAAAAGUGUAACAACCGGAAGAAAGUGCAUAGAUCGUAGAGGAUCUAUAUUCACAAAAGUGUCUUUGCAGUAAAAUUAGUGGAACAAAAAUUCUGCGUCUCAUUUUCUUCGAGCUGAAUCAGGUUAGGUAUUUAAGCACAAGUAUUGAGCAUGACCAUUGAUGAGGGGAAUGUAAGAUGGAAGAUGAACCGCAAUGUAAGAGAAGACAUACAGACGACGAUGAUAGUUACAAUACUGAUUCCGAGUUUGAUUCCGUAUCAGAAUGUGGAACAAAAAGAAGAGUUGGUUUCCCGCUGAAACGUGAAAUUUAUCAUCUAUCCUGUGAAUGGACCAGCUGUAAAUAUGAAACCAAUCACGUUGAGAGAUUCGUAAAUCACGUGGCCACACACGUGUCUGAUUUAAAUACGCGGACCAAUGAGAAAGAAAUCAGUGUUUACAUAUGCCAAUGGACUGGCUGUUUGUAUGAGAGUGAUGAUCCCGAUGAGAUCUGUAGGCAUGUUAAUUAUCAUGCCUAUCAUACUAAAUUGAAAUGUAUCGGAUCAAAUGUUCGCACCAGAAUUAAAUUACCUAAAUGUCGUAGAGAUCCCGAAUGGAAAAAUGUUGUGGAUCUUCCAGCGCCACUUCUUUGCCGUUGGGAAGAAUGUCUGAAACACUUCAGAAAUUAUCAGUUAUAUUUGUAUCAUGUGGCUGUUCACAUUGAGGAAGGUCCUAGAGGUAAUAAAAUUGAAGGAGGUGUAAAAUGUAAGUGGACAGGUUGUGGCAGCUUAUAUCCCAAUUUGUACAAAUUGAGGAAUCAUAUCAGGCAUCAUACAAAAGAAAAGAUCGUUGCUUGUCCUGAUUGUGGUGCUACUUUUGCUUCCAAUACAAAAUUCCAUAUACAUUGCAAACGGCAAAUUCCAAUUGAUGUUCAGGGAUUCCAGUGCUCCCAUUGUAAUAAGUUUUAUCCAACUGAAGGAAUUUUGAGAGAUCAUAUGCGAAUGCAUGUUUUCAAUUAUAAAUGCACUCUUUGUGACAUGAGUUGUGACUCACCAGCCAAUUUAGCCAAACAUGUUAGAUAUCGGCAUGUAUCUACUAGGAGUUUCCCUUGUCAGCUCUGCAAUCAUGCUGCCAAAUCUCAACAGGAUCUAGAUACACACAUGACAGUUCACACAAAAGGACCUAACUUUUCGUGUCAUUUUGAAGGAUGCCAAUAUAAAUGCAAGGGCGCAUAUACUCUUGAUAGGCACAUCGAACGAGUUCACACUAUGCAGGUGCGAUGGUAUUGCUGUCAUGAAUGUCCAGUAAAAUAUAGGAAAAGCUAUAGACUAACGAGACAUUUAAUUGAGACACAUCAGUUGCAAUUGCCUAGUGGUCAUACACGAUUCCAAUACAGUCACGAUGAAGAUGGAUGUUACAGAUUACAAAUGUUCAGAUAUGAAGCUGUUGAAGAAGAAACAAAUCCUUCUAUUAACCACCUAAAAUUGCAAAAUAAAAAAUUUAAAAUCAAAUUAAAUAAAGAUGCCAGUGUGCCUCAAAUUCAGGUUUUUGAAGAUUUGGAUGAAAAUGAAGAGGAAAAUGAAGAUAACGAAGUACAAGAAAUGUCAGGAGAGAAAAAUGACGAAGGAAAAUCUAUGCCGGUGAUAUCGAAUAUUCUGAUAACGAUCGAUGAAACUGAUGCCGAGGGAAAUAUAAUUAGAAGUAGAGUUGUGGAAGCGCAAGAAACUAUGGAAUUGCCACCCACCGAAGGAUCACCAUUAAUUUUAACAUAAAUUUAUUUCACAAUUGAUUCGUACAAUUUUUUAUUAAAAUUCAACAGGAACAAAAUUUUAUAUAUUAAUUAUAAAUUGCUAAUGAUUUUUAUAUUUUUUGUAUUUUAUAUUGUUUCUCUUUCAUAAUUAUUAUUAAUUAAUACUUUAUGUAUGUCCCACAAAAAGUUUAUAAACUGAUCAAUUUGGAA